UAAAAUCAGUUGGUGGGGCGCGAGACGUUCGGUAGCUGUCAAUUGAGUUCGUGUUCGGGUGUUCGUGCAAGUGUUUCGCAUUUAUAGUUAUUAAAAUUUAAUUUAAAUAAUAAUUGUAAUACUAAACAAUUGAUUAUAUAAAAUUAGUUAUUGAAUUCGUACAAGUGUUUUCAAAGAACAUUUUAUUAGUCUUUCAUACAUAAUUUAUACAGGCAAUGCUGGUAUUGCUUCCGAUGAGUUAUUUAUAAUAUACUGAAAUAAAUCAUUUUUUAAUUCAUUAAAAUGGGAAAAUUGUUGAGUCUUUUGGCACGCGACGAGUCGAAUUGCUGUUCGUCGCCACGAUACGAUAUUUUCUUGGAUUUCGAGAAUGCAGCGCCCACGGAUACAGAACGAGAUGUUUUCGAAGAAGUCCAAAGAGUUUUAUUGGAUUCUGAAAGAAUUUUAGAGGAGAUACAGUGUUAUAAAGGAGCUGGGAAAGAAAUUCGAGAAGCUAUAGCGGAUCCUUCGCGAAUAACUCAGGAACGAGCUUGGCGUGCCGUCAAACCUUUGGUGGACAAACUUCUCAGAUGUUACCAACACUCCCUAGAGCUGCAGCGGGUAGUACCUCGUCUGCUAGGGUCACUAGUGGGAGGCGCUAUGAGUCCGACACAGCAUCUCGAGCAACAGCAAGCACUGGUGAAACAGUUCGCAGAAAUACUCGAGUUUGUUCUUAAAUUUGAUGAACACAAGAUGAAAACGCCAGCAAUUCAGAACGACUUCAGUUACUAUAGACGUAGCGUAUCCCGGGGAGGUCUCAUUAAUUCUGAAUUACCUCCUGAUGAAGAACCGCACAUAGGUGCAGAAGUGGCCAACAGAAUGUCCCUCUUCUACGCACAAGCUACACCAAUGCUCAAAGUACUUUCAGAAGCAACCAGCCAGUUUGUGAACGACAACCAACAAGAUUUGGAGAACACGACAGAGACACUUAGUACUAUGGCUAAAGUCUGCUUAAGGAUGCUGGAGAAUCCGUAAGUAUAUUUACUAAUCUCUUAA